GGUGUUUACUCGGGUUACUGAAUAAUAGGAGUACUCAUACGUUAUCAUCGGUCUCGGGCUAAUAGAAGUGCGGGUUUAGCAGUGCCACAUUUGUUUGAGCAAACAGGUGCACUGCAGUCUCUUCUUGCAAGUGCAUAACAGAAGAUGAAGACUUCCUGGCUUUUGGCGACCCUCCUGCCCCUUUUCCUCUUCAGCUGUGCCCUCCCUGAGAAACAGUGCCAGUGUAAAGACAAUGUCCUAAAAAUUCAGCGUGUAACAGUCCACGGCAAUGUCUCCGUGCCCUGUCCCAUGUUUACAGCUGUGGAGAUGACGUUCAAGUUGCACAAGGGACAAAAUAUUACUGCCACCGUCACGUAUGUGAAUGCCUCACAUAAGAGCAGCCCAGAACCCCUAGGCAGCAAAAUGUAUCACUCUGUAAAAGAUGACAACACCACUCAUUUUCUCCUUUACAAUGUGACUAUGGAUGCAACGGGCUUGUACACAUGCACGGCUGAAAAGUCCUACCCCCCUCCCAUGGUCACCAUACAAGAGGAACCUCAGACCAUCGUGAUCGUUGAAAACCAUGGGUGUGUGCAGAACAGCCAAAGAAUGGAUCCUUCUGCCAGUCAUCUGCCCCUAUGGGUAGGGUUCGGGAUUCUGAGUGUAUAUUGCCUGAUUAUCACAUGCAUUGCAUUAUCACUGAGAUUCCGUCUAAAAAGAGAGGACAUGUCCACACAUGACUACAUGAACAUGAAGCCACGAACACGGAGGAAGAAGCAAGGCAUCCAUCACCCAACACACCACAGCUGGUACAACGACACGACCAAUGGCACAGCAGUCAGCAAGAAGCUUCCAACUAAAGGAACAUCUGUUUAAAUCCAAGACUCAUCUCAAACUAAUUUCCCCUGCACUGCACAUUUGGUUGUGUUCUUCCUGCUCUAAUCCACUUGUUAGAAACACAUAAAGUGAACAGUUUAUUAAUUAGUUGAUGAGUUUAGUCAGGUGUGCUGGAGCAAAGAGAACAUUAAAAUAUGCAGUGCAGCAAUUGUAAAUGCUGCACUAACCAAUCUUUUAUUAUUUUAUUCUCACACCCUUACUUGUGCAGAAACUGUAGCAAAGCUAUAGGCUAAAGGUUUUUAUGUAGUUUUCUAUUUGUGUCUUGUUGUAUUGCUUCAGUCAUUGAUGCAUUUUUGUAGAUAAUAAACUUACCUAAAAACUAGCUUGUUAAUUAAUAUCUAUUUAAUUGUAUGUGGCUCCCUACACCAGAAAUAUUGGCACCCUGAAAAAAAUGACCAUGCAGUCUUAAACAGUUUUAAGUACAAUGCUACUUAGCCCCCCCCCCCCCCCCCCCCCCCCCAAUAUCCUGCAAUAAGUUUGUCCUGCAAUAUUUUCUGUAUUUUAUUUUUUAUUUGGAUUAAUGUUUUGGGUCAUUAUCUUGUUAAAAGUUCAGAGGUAACCAGGUAUUGGAUUAAUAAUUAUUUAAAUUGCUUUUGUUUGAAUUGUUCAUUGCAAACAGCUGGAAGUCUGUAAAUUUUGACAAUAACCCUGAUUUGCAAUGGGGGUUGAAUAAUUUUGAUUGCAACUGUAGGAAUUAGUGAAUUUUUCCAAGAAUGAUCAUUUGUUUGCAUUUAUUUUAAAAUAUUUUUUUUAUAAUGAUAUUCCUAUGAGUGUUUGAAUUUUUACUUAUUUUCUUGCCUGUUCACUGUGGGGCUGACUGUAAACAUACACUACCUUGAGAAUAAUGAAUAAUGGUCUAUAAAAUAAUGGCUUUAACACCAUAUGUAUAUUCCAAACUAUAUGUAGUAGGAGCCAUUUGGGACUCACAUCCCUUCUAGUGAUUUCUUAAAAAUCUUUUCACAUUUUUUGUUCUUUGUGGUAAAGUUUUCACAUAUUGUACAAGGCAGUACAAGUGGGUAACAAAAUAAAACCAAUCAAAAACAACAUAAA